AUGCCGACUCCUCGCGCGACCCAGUCCUCCUCGCCCAAGCUGACCCUCAACGACUUGCCGCCCGAGAUCAUCCUCCACAUCAUCGAGCACGUCGAGCACCUCUCCAUCCAAGACCAUCAUCGCCUCUCGCACCCCGACGUCCCACCUCCCGGUCAGAACGGCGGUGCGCUCGGCGGUGCAGGAGAUGCGAUCCUCGCCAUGAUGAACGGCCUCUUCGGCGGUGCGCUCGGUGCGAAUGGUGCAGGCGGGCUCGGAGCGGCCGCAGGCGGAGCGGGAGCUGGAGCGGGAGCUGCCGGCGCUGGAGCAGGCAACGCGAACGCCGCAAACCCCUUCGCGUUUGGCGGACCUAACGCUGCCAACCCGUUCGCACCGGUACAAGCUGCGCCACCGCCUGCACAGGUGCCUGCAGCUCCCACCGAUUCGGACGACGACAUGCCGCCGCUCGAGCCGAUUCCCGGUUCUCAAUCGGCGUCAACCACUGCAUCAACGUCGACUGCUGCGGCACGACCGGCGGACGACAGCGACAAUGACAGCAUGCCUCCGCUCGAAAGCGUCGACAACGUGGCACCAGCGCCUGCCAGUGGUGCUAGCGCAACCUCCCCAUCCAAUCCAUUCUCCUUCCUCUCGUCUCUCACGAACCCGCUCUUCGGCGGGCGGAACAACAGCACGACGCAGUCGACCAGUCCGCCUCGUGCAACUCCCGCUCCAGCUGCCUCUCGCCCAGCCGCCCAGCCGUCCACGACAAGCGCGACCGACGACAGCAUCUACGACGACAUGCCACCGCUCGAAAGCGUGGUGCCCGCCACAUCCUCCUCGACUCCGGCUGGUCGCGCGCCUCCGACUGCUCGCCCCGACACGGACGACGAGAUGCCGCCGCUCGAGCCGAUCCCGUCUUCGACGACUGCUCGCGCUGCCGCCCCGACCGCCGAUUCGGACGAUGACAUGCCGCCUCUCGAAGCGAUUGACGAGGUCCCCUCUUCCCGUCCUGCUGCUGCCUCGUCAGCCGCGCCAGUUCCGGCUGCGACAGCGGCGGCCGACAGCGACGACGACAUGCCGCCUCUUGAACCGAUCGAUCGUCCCACUGUGGCGAGCGGGACUCCUGCGGCGUCGGCCGUGACUGUUCAGAGCGACGAGGAGUCGGAUGGCGACGGUGACGAUGAGGAGGACGACGUAGACGAGGACGACGAGGACUGGGAGGACGAAGACGAGGACGACGAGGUCGAUUCGGAUGAGGAUGAGGGCAAGAUUUACCCAGACGGACUUCCGCUCGACCCGCUUCUCCCGCUCCUUUUCAUCAAUCGCCCUUUCCUUCACGCCUCGCGCAAGACCUUGUACCGCAAGGUGCACCUCCUCAGCGCCUACCAGGCCAGCAGAUUCCGCGAAUCGCUUUCGAGCGAGACGCCUGCCGCCUACACCAAGGGCGAGGAGCUGGUCGGCGCGACGAGCGAGGGCGACCCUGUCAAGAAGAACUACCUCGCCGACCUCGUCAAGCACCUUUGGAUUGAACCGGAGGGUUCGCUCUCGCUCGGUAGGGGCGGCGGCCAGGUCUACAUUGACAUCAUGCGCCUGUGCCAGUACCUCGAGACGCUCGUCAUCCGCCCGCAGUUCCUCAAGAGUGCCACGAAACCGCUUCUCGAAGCCCUCGCCGCGCUCUCGCACCUCAAGACGAUCGACUUCGGCUCCUCCGCCGACCCGAAGCACCCGUUCCGCAUCACGACACCUCGUCUCUACAAGCUGAUGCAGCAGUCUUGGCUCGACCUCGAGAACCUCAUCGUCGUCGACCUUCGUCCCGCCGAGGACGGCCCGGCUUUCGAGGAGGACGAGAUGUGGGAUCUUGUUGACGACCUCGAGAAUGAGGAGUGGUUGAGGAAGCGCGAGGCCGAGAAGCUCAAGGAGGGGGAGACCAAGGAGAAGGAUGGCGAAGCUGGCGAGUCGGUGGAGAAGAGCGAGAACGAGGACGCGAAGCCUGAGGAGGCUACUGAGGGCGAGGAGCUGACCAAGGGGAAGAGGAAGAUGCCGCACGGCCUCAAGUCGCUCCAGCUUUUCGGCUUCAACCUGACCGGCAGCGAGAUGGACCUCAUCCUCCAGGACUCCCGUCAGACUCUCCAGACCCUGUUGCUCCAGAAGCCCGGCUAUCUUUUCAGCCGUUACGAACUCGCCUCGACCCUGCUCACCUUCGGCACGCAUCUCACGGUGCUCGACCUCAACCUUCCCGCCAACUGGGAUCCCGCACCGAAGCCGGUCGCCGGGUUUCCCAAGCCAACCUUCCCUGCUCGCCCGAAGGACUACAAGCCGGGCAAGCCGACGUCGGCGCACCUCUCGAAGAUCGCCGAGUACACCUAUGUCCUGGACGCCGUCAUGGGAUACCUGCCGAACCUCAAGAACCUGAACAUCAUCGGACCUUACGCCUCGACGAGCGUGUUCAGCGCCUUCCCUCCCAGCCUCACUCACAUCUCUUUCGGUCGCUGCCCGACCAUCGUGCCCAAGACGCUUGCCACGCUCCUCAACAAGACGGUGACGCGCAACAAGACGCUUACUCGCGCCGACGGCUCCAAGUACACGAAACCCUUCCAGACGCAGGUCGCGAGGGGCAUGACCUGCUUGACCGUCAUCGACGACGACUUGAGCUGGUCCGACGCCGAUAUCCGCGCUAUGGAGGACGCGACCGCUCAGCGCAACUGCUGCCUCCACCUCUCGAGCGACUCGCCUACCACUGCCGGCGGAGUCAUCCCCAUCCCGCUCAACCUCGGCGGACUCGGCGGACUCGGAGGGCUCGGCGGCCUCUUUGGCGGCGGUCUCGGUGGUCAUGGCCCGGCUGGAGGAGCGAACGCCAACGCCGGAGGUGCGGGAGUCGGGGCCCACGGUGCUGGCUUCGCGCCUCCCCCUCCCGCUGCGCCGCGUGCUCAGUCUGGCGGUGUCGCUGCGGCUGCCGCCGUUCGCGUCAACGUAGGUGCACCGGCGCUGCGUCCCGCUGCUCAGCCAGCUGCUGCCAACCCGGCCGCCGCUCCCCCGCGCAACGCCAACGCAGGAGCCAACGCGAACGGCGCUGCUCCGCCGAGGCCGAACGCCGCUCCUCCGGCGAGGGCGAACGCGGGUGGCGCAGGUCCCGCGCGCCCUGGCGCUGGUGCAGGUCUGGCGGCAGGCUUGGCGGGACUUGCGGGCAGGUGGGCGAACAAUGGCGGCCGUUAG